CAAGCUCGGAGAAGGAGGCUUCGGCUCAGUUUAUGCUGGGUUGAUGAUGGACAGCUUCCCAGUGGCGAUCAAACACAUCGCAAAGGAAGAUGUGGAAUAUGAAGAAAUGGUCUUUAAUGGGAAGACAUACAAGAUCCCACUGGAGGUUCUCCUAAUGCAGAAAGUGGGUGGUGAACCCCUGUCAGUAGGCACUUCUCCAGCUAUCUCAAUGCUAGAUUACUUUGAGCUAGAGGAGGAGGUCCUUCUGAUCAUGGAGAGACCAGUGCCAUGUGAGAGCCUGUAUAGCUAUCUAGAGAACAAUGGUGGACCCCUGGACGUGCAUGUUGCUAAGAACAUCAUGAAGCAGCUGGUUGACGCAGCCAUAAUGAUGCACAACAAAGGGGUCUUCCACCGGGAUCUCAAGACAGAAAACCUGCUCCUGGAAACCGGCUCCAGUGACCUGCGAGUGCGGAUCAUAGACUUUGGUUGUGGCUGCUGGGUACAGGAAGAGCCACAAUGCGUCUUCUCUGGUAUGACAUCUGGCUUGUGCUCUUCAUUCAGCCAUUGCUCUGAUGAUUUUGAUUUCAGUCUGAACCUGUUCCUCAUCCUUCCUUUCUGUCUGUGCAUUGCAGGAACCUCAGCGUACGCCCCUCCAGAGUUUUUCACACGAGGGACGUAUGAGGCUAUCCCCACCACAGUCUGGCAGCUGGGCGCGCUGCUGUACGAAAUGCUGUACGGAGUGCAUCAAUUUCGUACCACUAGAUUCGUCCGCAAGAAAAGACCUUUUAACAAAGUCCUACACAAAGACUGCCGGAACUUUUUGAAGCAGUGUUUAACUCGAAGCCCACAACAUCGGGCCACCUUGGAGCAGAUUCAGCAGCACCCCUGGCUGCAGGAUCAAACUCAAGUCACACCUUAAACACUCGCUAAGAUGCCUGGACUUUGA